GUGGUGAGGAGGCUGUUCAAGGUUGUUCAGUGGUUGCUAAGAAUAUGAUCGAUCUCUCCCCUCCCGACAGCUAUACCAUGAGCCAAUCUCAGCGUCCCAAACGGACCAGCAAUGCCUGUCAACGAUGUCGCUCCAGAAAGGUCAAGUGUUCUGGGACUCAUCCGUGCGAUAAAUGUCGUCAGCGUCGCCAAAAUUGCGUCUUCGAGGAGGAUCGUAAGAUAGUCGUCUCUGAAGAGCUUUUCCUGUCUCUGAAACGCAAAGUCGAAGAGCUAGAAGGCGUACCAUCUUCCCCCACAAGCAAGCGACAUCGUGCAUUGCGAGAAGACACCAUCAAUGAGUCUGUCGAUGUCUGUGAAGAAGGAAAUGCAGAAGCCACAACAACCCCAGCUCCUCUCGAUUCCGACCGCUAUGACGACCGAUUUGCCUCCAACCCCUUAGUCUCCCCUUCAACAUAUGUCAAACACACUGGUCGACAACACAGGAAGUGGCUGUUUCUCGGCCCUACUUCGACGUGGUCGUUCAGUCGACGCGUCCUCAACAUUGUUCAAGCACGUAUAUAUCCCGACAGCCAGCGGCCAAUUCCUCUCGCGGUCGACGGCGAUGCGUAUCAAAUACUAUGGCGGCAUGCUAGUUCCGAAGAGGUGCCCGAUACCAGCGGACUGCCGUCGAUGGAGCACGCCUUGUACAUGGUGAGCACAGUGCAGUUCCACUUCGGGAAUAUGUACCGGCUCUUCGACGAGGACGCGUUUCUCCGCCAUCUCCACGAAUUCUACAAGAACGCGGCGGAGAAGGUACAAGAGUCACGUCUGUGGUACGUGCAGUUUCUGGUCAUACUGGCAUUUGGGGAGGCCUUCCUAGCUCCGGUACGGACCGCGUCCAACACCGCCUCGUGGACGAAGUAUUUUUCGCGAGCCAUGUCGUUGCUGCCGGAUAUCACGGGGCUGUGGCAAGAUCCCACUCUCGCUAUUGAAACGCUGGCUCUCAUUGCGCUUUACUUUUAUUCGGUGGAUAUGAGAGAUACCGCUUAUUGUUAUAUUGGCCAUUCUAUGCGAAUGGCGCUGGUGGAAGGGCUUCACCGUGCUCAGCCGGUGGAGCAGCUAGGACAAAAGCUCGUCACUCGGUGGAGCAACAUCUGGUGGACGGUAUAUAUCUUGGACCGCAAAUUCUCCUCUUUGAUGGGUUCGCCUUACUCGGUGAACGAUGAGGAUGUCAACGCCAUCCUCUGGGAUCCACGAACAUGUUCGCAGAACGAGGCAGUCUUGAGUUUGCAUGUGAGAAUAUCGCAAGUGACUGCUCGUGUUCUGAACACCGUGUACAGCGCCGAUGGUACACUGGGAGGUCUAUUCCUACGCAAGGUCCGCUCUGUUUUACAAGAGAUGUCCGAUUUGUCGCGCGAGCUCGACGAAGUCUUCUCCAACCGUUUUGCAAACUCGGUAGAUGCCCUGUCAGGCGUCACUACUCGAUUGACUCUGUCAUGCCAUCUGCAGUGCAUCAUCGUCACCACAAGGCCGCUUGUCCUGAGCCUUUUAUGGGAACGCCUUAGUUGCUACGAAGAAGGCGCCGAGUUCCGCACCUUAUCCUCACCCGUGCAAACCCUCCUCCAGGCAUGCAUCGAUUCCGCCGUCAAAUCCCUCAAAAUUUUAUCUGCUCUUCGAGACCAAAAUCUGCUGGAAACGUUCCUCCCAUUCGAUCUAGAGAAUGUGUUCUCAUCCUUCUUCGUCCUCUCGCUCAUCUCCGCCAUUCUACCCGACGCUGCCAUGGAUCCGACCUACCGUGAAAUCGGCUUCAGCUUGCUAAACGAGAUGAUUGAGCGCGGCAACCGCGUUGCCCACCUCCGCAAAUCCGAGAUCGAGCUGCUGGAGGAACUCGUUCAACCUCUGGUCCAACGGCACCACACACCCCCUAUCAGCACAGACACAGCACACGGGCAGCUGGCCACGCCGGAAAGCCAACAGCGACCGCUCGGACACUUGGAGCAGCUGUCGGGCCCCAGCGCUGAGGAACUGGACAGCAUCCCGACCAUCGCGCCUACCGAUGUGCCCCCCGAUCCGGAAGAUGAGCUGUCGCUCGACUGGCGAGGCCUUGGGUUGUCCUUGGACUAUAUGCUGUCGGUGACGGAUCAGUUGAAUGCGAAUAACCUGGUGCUGGAUGCGGAGCGGGAGGGGCUCCAGUCGGAUCUAUGGUUGUGGGAAGAU